AUGGUUUUUUUUGGAGGUUUUUUAGGUUCUUUUAUUUUUUCAUUUUUAAGUGAUUUAAAAGGCAGAAAAAUUGCCUUUUUAUGCAGCUGGAUUGCUGCUUCUGUAGGAGUUUUGGUCAUUGCUUUUUCCGUUAAUGUCUAUAUGCUUAUGGUGGGUUUUUUUAUAGCAGGAUUUGGUAUAUAUCCUUCUAAUACUUUAAAUUUUAUCAUUAUGACCGAAUAAUCUUCUGGUAAAUUCCGAGUUGUGACCACUGCUUUUAUAUUGACGGGUUAUACACUUAGUGAAGGGGUAUUAGAUGGUAUUAUUAUGUAUUUCCCUGAAUUAUUCCCAACGUAAAUUAGAGGGUUGGCGCUUGGACUUAUUAGAGGUGUGGGAAUUUCAGGAAGUAUUUUGUCGUCUUUUGCUUUGUAGUUUUCAGAGUUUAUUGGGUUAAAUCCGGUUAUUUUUUUCGGAGGAAUUGGGAUAUCGUCUACUUUAUGUGGAUUUGGUUUAAAAGAAACUCUCAAUUGUUAAAUGAAAGAUCAAAUCGAAGAAUUGGAAAAAUAAUAAUAUAAAUUAUAAGAAGAGAAGAAGGUUUGA